AACUCUAUUUUGGCAGUUUCUCCCUUGCGUUUUCCAAUCUCGUUCUCUAUCAAUGGAUUUUCCGGAUUUUAAUUCCUAAUAUUUUUGAAAAAAAAAUGAGACAUCUGUAUUUCGUAUUCGAGUUUAUUGGAUUUCUUAUUGGGUUUCCGAUCGGUCUUCUACUGGGUUUCUUCAUAUUCAUAUACUCAUCACAGCCUGAGGAUGUGAAGGAUCCAGAUAUAAAAUCACUAAAUGAGUGUGAUCCAAACUCUCUGGUUGAUCUUUUCUCAGAGAUUCCUCCAUGGGUGAAGCACCCUGACUUUGAAAGAAUUGAUUGGUUGAACAAGGCUUUACAUGAUAUGUGGCCUUACCUUGAUAAGGCAAUAUGCAAGAUUAUCAGAGAAACAGCAGAGCCAAUAUUUGCAGAGUACGUUGGAAAAUAUCAGAUAAGAUCCAUAGGAUUUCAAAGCUUGAAUCUUGGAAGUCUUCCUCCUACAAUUUAUGGUAUUAGAGUGCACGAAACCAAUGAAAAUGAACUAGUAAUUGAACCUGCUAUUAGAUGGGCAGGAAUUCCACACAUAAAUGUUGUGGUAAACAUAUUGUCAGUUCGACUUAUAGUUCAGCUGAUGGAUGUCCAAGUAUUUGCAACGCCAAGGAUGAUCUUAAGGCCUCUUGUACCAACAUUCCCAUGUUUUGGAAACAUAACAAUGACUUUGAUAGACAAGCCACAUGUGGACUUUGGACUCAGAUUACUGGGAGGGGAUGUUAUGGCAAUCCCCGGUUUCUAUCAAUUUGUUCAGGAAUAUAUAAGAAAUCAAGUUGCUAGCCUUUAUUUAUGGCCCCAAACUUUGAACAUACCAAUUCUUCAGGGUUCAUUAUCAGGAACUAUAAAGAAGCCUGUAGGCAUACUGCAUGUCAAGGUUGUAAGAGCUAAGAAACUCUUGAAGGCGGACAUCAUUGGAAGAUCUGAUCCUUAUGUUAAAAUCAAACUAACCGGGGAGAGGCUUCCAUCAAAGAAAACUAGCAUUAAGAUGAGGAACUUGAACCCUGAAUGGAAUGAGAAUUUCAAGCUUACAGUCAAAGAUCCAGAGUCCCAAUUCAUUCAGUUCAAUGUUUUCGACUGGGAUCAGAUUGGGACGCAUGACCCUUUGGGAAUGCAAAUUCUUCCACUGAAGUUGCUAACUCCAUAUGACACACAAGAAUUUACGCUUGAUUUAGUAAACAGCACAAACCCUUAUGAUCCUCAAAACAAGAAAAAAAGAGGCCAACUUAUGGUGGAGUUGACAUAUAAUCCUUUUAUAGAAGAGAGUGGUAGUGGAAUAUAUAACAGUGAACCUUUGGAUGGAGAUAAAGUGGUAGAUGGAAAAAAGCUUGGAAUUAAAAGCCAAGUUAGGAGCCGAAAGCCAUCCAUGUCCGUAGACAUGUCUUCACAAAUAGAUGCAGCUGGUCUGCUUUUGGUUACAGUUCAAGGAGCAGAAGAACUUGAGAGCAAGCUUUACGAUAACCCUAAUCCUUACGUACUGGUUAGGUUUUCAGGAGAAAAGAGGAAAACCAAGAUGAUAAAGAGAUCCCAUCGGCCAUAUUGGAAUGAAGAAUUUCAGUUUGUGGUAGAAGAAGCGACUUUGAAGGAGAAGAUUCGUUUUGAAGUAAAGAGUAAGAAAAGAAACCUUUUCGCUUAUCGUUUCCGAAAAAAGGAAUUGUUGGGGUACGUUGACAUCAAUUUUAGUGAUGUGGUAUACAAUGGACGCAUUAGAGGCAAGUACAAUUUGAUUAACUCGAAAAAUGCAGUGAUACAUAUCGAGUUGCAGUGGAGCACCACGUGACACAUCAAAAGUUUAUGCAGUGUAAUGUAAUCUUUUCGUAGAGUUUCAUUAUCAAUGAUAGUCAUGUAUAGGUAUGUACAUCCACUAAUUAUGAAAUUCAUAGCCAUUAAUAGUUGUCAAUCGCUUACACACAGUUGACGUUAGUCCUUUUCGUAAUAGGAAUUCUUCUCAACCACAAUAGUGUUUUAGGAUGCAGGCGUGUUUGUAUUUUGACCUCAAUGGUGAGUUCAAUGAAAACAACAUAUACAUUGAUCUUUAUGGGCCAAGCCAGAGAGUUAUGGCCCAUGUAAUAAACAUGAUAGCAACAGGGCCCAUCUUCUUCCACAGAAAUAUCUCAUACUGCUUU